AUGAAAACAUUACAAUCAUCUUUAAAUAUUUUUGCUUUUUUUGCCCUCGUGCUUUGCGUAUCGGCCAAACGCUAUAGUGAUCUGGGAGAACAGAGAGCUUUACUAGGACAUAGACAACAAGCAGCUGCUGUUAUUUUACCUCAAAAUCAAUGUAUAUGCCAACCAGGUCCUCCUGGUCCACCAGGCCCUGCUGGUUUACCUGGUGUUCAGGGGCCUAAGGGUGAUAAAGGUCCUGAAGGUCUACCCGGACGUACAGGUCCAUCAGGACCUCAGGGUCAAAGAGGUUCUCCUGGUCGCACUGGUAUUCCUGGUCCCAUAGGACCACCAGGUCGUCGCGGUAGACGUGGUUAUCCAGGUGAACGUGGCCCUGCCGGACCACCAGGUCCUGUAGGUCCCAUUGGUCCAGUUGGUCCUCCAGGACCACCAGCUGCUGCAGCUCGUUCUUUAGAUGAUGGUAUUGCUAUUGAUUUACCUGAUUAUGAUGCAAAUGCAGAAACUGGAAUGCUUCGUUUGGGGGAGGAGGAUGAAGAAGAUGAUGACUAUGAUGAUGAUUUUAGGAAAAAGAAAUAAAUUGUAUACUUUUGGAAAGGAAUAAAAUAAAAUAAAAAA